GCGGUGGCUAGAUGCUCGGGAAGCUCAUUCUUGCGUUUGAUUUGUUCUGAAAGCGCGGAAGCGCAAUGAAGGGACUCCAAGAUGGACAAAUUGGUCAGUUAGCGAUACUGAUAAGUGCCUGUCUUUUGCUAGUGGCAGCGAAAGAAGCUGGCACCCGUCCGCCUCAUGUGCUCUUCAUCUUGGCGGACGAUUAUGGCUGGAAUGACGUGGGUUUUCACGGAUCCGAAAUCAGAACUCCGAAUCUCGACAAACUUGCAGCCCAAGGCGUCCGCCUGGAGAAUUACUACGUGCAGCCCCUGUGCACACCGUCCAGAAAUCAGCUGAUGACGGGCCGAUAUCAGAUCCAUACAGGCAUGCAGCACCAGAUCAUUUGGCCUUGUCAGCCUUACUGUGUUCCUUUGGAUGAGAAGCUGUUGCCUGAGCUGCUCCGAGACGCUGGGUACUCCACACACAUGGUGGGCAAGUGGCACUUGGGCAUGUAUCAGAAGGACUGCCUUCCAACGCGCCGUGGAUUUGAUACCUACUUUGGUUAUUUGACUGGAAGUGAAGAUUACUUCUCUCAUGAGCGCUGUGUGUUCAUAACUCCUUUAAACGUUACCCGAUGUGCUCUGGACUUGCGUGAUGGCGAGGAGGUGGCUGAAGAAUACAAUGGCACUUACUCCACAGAGCUAUUUGUUCAAAGAGUCUUGAAAAUUAUAGCCAACCACAAUCCACAAAAACCGCUGUUCCUAUACGUUGCAUUCCAAGCUGUUCACAGCCCCCUGCAAGUGCCAGAGCGAUAUCUGGAGCAGUACACAUUCAUCAAGGAUGGACACAGGCGGCAUUUUGCGGGCAUGGUGUCUGCUAUGGAUGAAGCGGUGGGCAACAUCACUGAGGCUCUGCAUAUAAACAAGCUCUGGGAGAAUACGGUGCUGAUUUUUUCUACAGAUAAUGGAGGUCAGACUUUAGAAGGUGGAAACAACUGGCCACUAAGGGGAAGAAAAUGGAGUCUUUGGGAGGGAGGCGUGCGAGGUGUGGGCUUUGUUACAAGUCCAUUGUUGAAGGAAACUGGAGUGAUCAGCAGGGAGCUUAUCCACAUUUCCGACUGGCUGCCAACACUAGUGGGACUGGCCGGGGGCUCCACCAAUGGGACUAAACCCUUGGACGGCUUUAACGUUUGGAAAACGAUCAGUGAAGGAGCACCUUCUCCUAGAGAGGAGCUACUGCAUAAUAUUGACCCACUGUAUGUGGACAUCGCCCCAUGUCCUGGUUCAAGUUCCCAAAUGACUUUUGACCAACUCUACUGGAGUAAUUCUGCUUUCAAUAUUUCAAUUCACGCUGCUAUCCGCUAUGGGGAAUGGAAACUGCUGACUGGAUACCCAGGCUGUAGCUACUGGUUUCCUCCCCCUGCCCUCUUCAACGCCUCUCAGAUGGUGUCACCGGACCCUCCAGACAAGCAGGUGUGGCUGUUUAACAUAACCUCCGAUCCCGAAGAACGACAUGACCUUUCAAGGAAACAUCCACAUGUCGUGGCCCAGCUGCUCAUGAGACUUCAGAAUUACCAGAAGAGUUCAGUGCCAAUUGUUUAUCCUGAUGAAGACCCUCGCUGUGACCCCCAGGCUACUGGAGCAUGGGGUCCAUGGGAGUAAAAAAGA